AUCGAUAAUUGUUAUAAAAAAUUUGUUAUAGUUGCGGAUUUUUGUGUUUGGCGGUGUGUGCGAAAGAGAGAUGGAUACGGCAUAUGUUUAGGAAGUACGAAAAAUGUUUACAGUUAGACCGCCCCUUGCGUAAUUGAGCCCGUGUUGGUGUUGGUGGCCGUUUCCCGUAACUCGUAUCCGUGCAAAUCUCGCCGCUCUGUUCGGAUUCCAUUCAAUUCUCCUUGUUUAACUGAGAUUAUUGCAACGUGAUUGACUCUCGGCGUUAUCUCGACGGCGCUUUUAAUUCACGCCCACCGCAUCGGCUAAAGCUACAGCCCUAAAAUCGUCCAACAUUAUCUACGAUCUCGCAAUAACUCUAGGAAUUGUUUGAGUGUGUGUGAUGUGCUAAACAGUCCGGCAAAUUCACGGAUCGAAAUAACAGCGCGAAUUGACAUCUGACUGAUCGACGGAUAUAUAAUGAUCGUGACAGAUCUUGCUGGGCAGUAAAUCGUAACGAGAGUCAGAGUCAUUAGCAUUAGUUCUAGGAGUGGAAGUACAAGAGCAAGUCGGGCCUAAAAAUGGCACGACACAUUAUGGCUGUUUGCGUGGUGUGCCUUCUAUGUGCGCACCGCCUGCACUGCCAGGAUCAUAUUGAGAGUCUACUGGGCCCGGCGCUGGUCAUGACCCAAAGCCAGGAGCAGCUCAACGCCCGCGUCUAUACGAACCUGAGUCCCUCCAGUGAAACCACCGAUCGGCGACAGCAGCGAUCCGCUUCUGGCGACGACGACACCCCCAACUACAGCACCAGCCCGCCAUCGAGGAGACAAAAGCGCCAUGCCGGCCACGAACACGGUCAUCACUCCGAGUCCCGCGUCCCACAAAUCACCCAGUACUAUCUCGAGAAGCUGAUGGUCCAGAACGAUCUGAUGAACAACAGCGGAUUCGAUGGCCUGCUCCAGCAGCUUAACCUUCACUCGUUGGCGAGUGGGGCAAGUGAAGGAACUUGUGUGCCCACUAGUCGCUUAGUGCACCAUGUCCAGCCUCAUGAUCAUCAUCACCAUGACCAUGACCAUGACGAAGAGGAGGAGCACAAUAGUCUGCAGCUGACCAACUGUACAUUAAGCCAGAAUGGCACCAGCUCCAACGAUAUGUGCGCGAACCUGCUUAACAAUAACACACACCUACUCAGCGAGGAGACGCAAAAUUUUACGCUGAGUGAAAAGGACUUGCUCCAUUUAUGUCCGAUUCUUCUGUACGAGCUGAAAGCCCAAAGCGGCGGAUGCAUAGAGCCGGCGGUCUUAUACGAUAUUGAUAGCACGGAAAAGCUGCUGGAAGACGAGAAAGACAAGGAUAUAUUCUAUGUGUGGGUAUAUGCCUUUAUAUCCGUGUUUGCCUGCGGCAUCCUCGGCUUGGUAGGAGUGGCCAUCAUACCGUUUAUGGGUUCUCGGUAUUACAAAUACAUCAUCCAGUAUCUGGUUUCCCUGGCAGUAGGUACAAUGACCGGCGAUGCCCUACUGCACUUAAUGCCUCAUUCUCUGGCAGGCCAGGAUGAACGGGGGAUGAUCAUGAAGGGACUGGGAUGCCUGGGCGGCAUCAUCUUCUUUUACGUGACGGAGCAUGCGUUGACCAUGAUAUCUGAGUGGCGCAAGAGCGUAGAGAAAAAGGAAACGAAGAAGCCUUCGCGUGCGAAGGUUAUGCGGGAUCCUGAUUCGUCGGUAAACAACUCGGUGGCCGGCGACAAGAUCUGCAAGCAAAAGUAUAGCUCAUAUCCAUAUUGUUAUGACGAGAUCACCAUGAACAACAAGCAGAGUGAAUGGAUGCACCUUCCUGGUGAUGGCGGAGUGAACUCGGCGGCUGGUGCAGGCGGUGAUGCUGGUUCGGCGGCGGAGAUGCGCAACGGUGUGGGCGAUCAUGAUGGAUCCAACGAUAUGGCCGCCGCUGCCGAAUCCUUGCUGUCGACACUGCACACGAAUUGCGUGGAAAUGAAUCAUCACAAUCACAACCACAAGCACAACAGCCACCAGCAGAGUCAGGAGGGCCAGGACAACAACACCAUUGUCACCGAUCUGGACGGAAAUGCGGUGUACGCCUCGAACAGUGCAAAGGAUAAGGACAGUCGGAACGAUCAUGUGACUGUCAUAUUGCGGGAGCACGAGUCCUCUCAUCAUGGUCACAGUCAUCGCCAUGGUCACGUCCAUUCGCCGCCAGAAACGCUUAGCGCUGUGGCUUGGAUGAUAAUCAUGGGCGAUGGGCUUCAUAAUUUCACCGAUGGCAUGGCCAUUGGCGCAGCCUUUGCCGAGAACAUAGCAGGCGGUUUUUCCACCUCGUUAGCUGUCUUCUGUCAUGAGUUGCCACACGAGCUGGGUGACUUUGCCAUUUUGAUGAAGGCUGGCAUGUCGGUGAAGUCGGCCGUCUACUACAACCUGUUGACGGGAGUCCUGAGCUUUAUAGGUAUGAUUUUCGGCAUUGCCUUUGGCCGAUCGCAGGAUGUGGCUCAAUGGAUGUUUGCUGUUGCGGCUGGUCUGUUUAUCUACAUUGCCCUAGUCGAUAUGAUGCCCGAGAUCUCGGCCUCGCACAAAUCGCUGGGACAGUUCCUGCUGCAGAUACUCGGGAUGUUGAGCGGAGUGGGAAUAAUGCUGUUGAUCGCCCUUUACGAGGGCGAUCUGAUGAGCGUGUUCGGCACGGAUGGAGGUUCAUCUCACCAGCACGUUCAUUAAUCACAUAACUGAAAUUGAAACCAACCGCAGCGAAUCUUGUAGCGUAUUAUGUGAAUUGCAGCGAAUAUUGUGUAUUAACUGCAUUUUUCCAUCAGGCAUAUAGGACCUCUUGAAUUAUUAUUUUCUUUAUAAUUUGAUUAGAUUGUUGUUUACCUUAGUCCCGCAGAGUUACUUGAAACACAACCACAUACACAGCCGGUUGGCGCUUAUCAAACGCAUUUGUUACCCAGUUUAUGAAACACACAACCACACACCCACAUAAGUGAAGCGAUCCAGCAAACCCGUUUUAUUUUCGUUCCUAAUUUUGCUUAUGAGAUGCGUUCGCAUCGAUUUCAAACCCGACUAAAAUGUAAGAUGUCUUCAAAUUGCCUAGGUUAAAUAGUGAUCCUGAAUUUAGUGAUUUUGAAAAAAAAAAAACAAUUGAAACGAUAAAUGAGAGAAGGAAAUAACAGAAAAAGGAUCGGAUCUGGAUCCCAAAAUCCUGUAAUUACUGAUCUUAUACACUGAAAGCAGAACCUAACAAUUACGAUAUAUAUAUAUAUUGUAGAAUAUGUAUACAUUCAUAUAGUUUUUGUAUUUUGUAGUUUAGGGUGCGCACGUUUACUUUAUGCGAGUUUAACAUUCUUAACCCAGAAUUAAGAAAUGUCCACUGUUAUGAUUUCUGACAGUACUUAAUGACUUAAACGCAUAUUAUUUCCACUUUUGGAAAUAAACAAAAACCAUUUAAACUUAAUUUAUUAUCGUAUUUGUAAUAAAUGAAAAAGAUUAUUCAAUUGCACGCUCAUACAUAAUUUAGAUUUUCGCUACCCCGUAGCGUCUUCGUUCAAUUAUGAUUUUGUAAUAAACCAAGCUAAAAAAACA